AUGAUAGUGAACGCUAUGGCCUCACAUUCAGCUACCAUAGCGACACUACCUUCGUUAGCCAUACCAAGUUUUCUCCAAAAUACUACAAUCCAUAAUCAAAGUAAUAAUGUUACUACUUUGGAAAACCCCAAUCCCCAUUGGACGGAACUUUUGUUGCUUAUUGUUAAAGGAUUCAUAUUUUCUAGUAUAAUAGUUGGAGCUAUACUGGGAAAUGCGUUAGUGAUUAUAAGUGUUCACAGGCAUAGAAAAUUAAGAGUAAUCACUAAUUAUUAUGUGGUAAGUUUGGCGAUGGCGGAUAUGCUAGUAGCAUUGUGUGCGAUGACGUUUAAUGCUAGUGUUGAACUCACUGGCCAAUGGUUAUUUGGUACUUUCAUGUGUGAUGUAUGGAACAGUUUUGACGUAUAUUUUUCCACUGCGAGUAUACUUCAUCUUUGUUGUAUUAGUGUAGAUAGAUAUUAUGCCAUAGUGCGUCCUCUAGAAUAUCCAAUCACAAUGACACAUCGAACUGUUUCCUUUAUGCUUGCCAACGUCUGGUUACUUCCAGCUUUAAUUAGUUUCAUGCCAAUAUUCUUAGGUUGGUACACCACUGAAGAACAUUUGAAAUUAGCCAAACAACAUCCUGAAAUGUGCACAUUCGUUGUUAAUAAAUACUAUGCGAUAAUUUCAAGCUCAGUAAGUUUCUGGAUACCGGGCACUUUGAUGGUAACGAUGUACUGUCGAAUUUAUAAAGAAGCCAUCCGGCAAAGAAAAGCGCUAUCGCGAACUUCAUCAAAUAUUAUUUUAAAUUCGAUACAUCAACAUCGGACGAGCUAUCGGGAACGAUAUAGUGAUCGAUAUAGUGAACAGUAUCUACAGCCAGAUGCGGAAAUGACUACCAUUGGGCAAAUUAAUGGUGCCAGAAGAAGUGCUAGUGCCGGGUCAGCAAUCUCCUAUGGUACAACUAUUACAGAAUUCAAUACAAUGAUGAAUAGUGGUAAUAAUAGUAAGGCAGCGACUGAACUGAACUUGAAUGGAACAACUAUACGACAGCAAUCAAAAAGUUGGAGAGCGGAACAUAAGGCUGCCAGAACACUUGGAAUUAUUAUGGGUGUUUUUAUGUUAUGCUGGUUGCCGUUUUUUCUAUGGUAUGUGACGACAACCAUCUGCGGCGACGAUUGCCCGACUCCCGACUGGCUGAUAGGCAUGCUAUUUUGGGUUGGCUAUUUCAACUCGGCUUUAAAUCCCUUGAUUUAUGCCUACUUUAAUCGGGAUUUCCGCGAGGCAUUCAAGGACACAUUGCUUUGCGCCCUGCCUUGCUGCUUCGGGCGAUGGAAAACGCCACCCAGAUUCCUUUAGCCGCGUGAAUAUGGUUCUGCAGGCAUAGUACGGGACGAAAGGCUGUGAUUGUUUUAGGUUAAGCUCGACAGUAUUAAUCCUAAAAGAAAAUUUUGUUGAUAUCUCAAUUUUAGCAGAUGCUACCUUUUAUGCUAUAUAAAUUAAUCGUAGCAGGUUGAAUGGGCCUUAAGUAUUGUAAAUAAGUUUUGUAUACCAAAAGCAAUAUUGUAAAGACUAUUGUUUCUCUUUUAAAAUUAGCAAGUGCAGAUGCUGAUCUGCUUGCUUAUUUCUGUGAUAUUUAAAACAUUUUUGUAUUUCCUUGUAAAUAAGGUUAUUGUCUUCCUUUUUGUUAGCCCUAUUUUUCGAUAUAUAAUUUAAAUUGCAUUGAUCAAUAGGGCAUUGAUAUUUUUUGUUGCUAAUAAUUGUUUAGACUGAUAGGCAGAUAUAUAUAAAUAAUAAAACAAGCAAAGUAGGUAGUAUUUUUAACCUGGAACUGAUAGUUUGUUAAAUUUCUCCAUGUUUUUGUAUGAUGUAACUUUUUACUUUUUGAAUCAGGACUUGAGGUAGGCUAUUAUUUUAGCUUAGAGUUUCUGCAACAUAAGAAAGGCUCAAUGGAUUUCACCGAGGCAUUAUUUUAUGAUGAUGCUCUAAAUACAUGAACCGUGAACGGAAAUCAAAAUCAAAUUAUACCUAUAAUAUUUCCCAUUCACUUAAUUUUUCAUCCAUUUUAUUAUUUUCCUCCUCCGCUUUUAAAAUAUUGAAUACCUAUGUUGAGUACCCUUUAACUUGUUUACCUUGGAUUUUCCCACUUCUCGCAGUCGUGGACCAUUUAUUUUAAUGUUCGUGUGCAUAAAGCUUUUAUUUAAAUGAAGUUAUACCCAUUUGAAUUUUCAUAUUUUGAACUUGCAUCUUAUCGACUGAUAAUGGAUGUUGAACUGCAGAAACGAUUGUAUAAUUAAUAUAUGAGGUAGAACUGAAGCUCUUUUUUUCCAAUGUCAUUUAUUUAACUAUUAUCGGACGGAAUAAGGAAACAGUCAAAAUUGCAGCAGAUAACUGGACAGCAUAAAAUGUUUCUUUUUUUUAUAAAAAAUAUUCAUUAUGACGAAGAGGAUAAUGUUAUAGCGAAAAAUACUCAAGCCACUUUUUUGUUUUUACAUGACUGGCUAUCUUUUGCUGUUUGAUAACAUUUAACUUCAAAUAUGGCAAUUCUUAUGUUACCAUUGACGCAUCGUGUUUGAGGCCGCC